CGCAGCAAGCGGGAACGCUGCCGCCGCGUCGCUCCGCGUUCCGCCCUGACGUACUGACGUGCCCCGCGAGUCUGCGCGCGAACGAGUGGGACGAGUCGCUAGCCGUGCCGCGAGUGCAGUGCUGUGACAGUGUGCCUUCCUUGACAGUGGCGUGGCCAUUCCCCGCGCGUGCCCGCCUUGGUGCCCGCCGCCUGCCCGCGGCUCAUUUGGAUUAACCCGCACGGAUCAUCUCCAUCCGGCGCGGCGUGUCCCUCCACCGCGUGCCCCGCCGCCCCCUUCCGCUGAGCUGCAACAGAUGGUGCCGCUGUGAAUGGCGGGUGGCGCGCCAGGCUGCCUCCCAGCCCUGGCCUCGGCCCUGGCCUCGGCUUCGGCCCCGGCCUCGGCGCGUGCGGCGAGGAGGCCAUGAAGGCCAAGGCCGCGGACGAGGAUGGCGUCGAGCAGGCGGGCGGCGUGCGGCCGGCGCUCAAGUCGUUCCUGCAGCAGGUCAUCAGCGACCAGCAGGACGGUAUCAACAGCUUCAACAGCAAGAAGACGGUGAACGCGCUGAGCAGGCUCAUCGACCUGCCCGCCCUCGACAAGAAGGAGCCCCCCGGGGUGCCGGCCAAGCCGAAGCUCGCCAGCGCCAACAACAACAAGAAUGUCAACAACGUCCGCAACCAGCAGACCUCCGCCCGUAAGGAGGUGCGGCCCGCCGCUGGCGUCGUGGACGCCAAGGCGGUGCGCGGGGUGCCGCCACCGUCCGCCAAGAAGCCGGAGCCGCCGUCGCUCACCAAGAAGCCGGCCUUGACGACCAAGGCGAAGAAGGAGGCCGCCGUGGCCACGAUCAUCGUGGGGAACCGCGCCAGCGUGCUCCGGUCCGUGCCGCCCGCCAUCAUGGACGAGGUGGUGGCGCUCAGCUCCAAGAUCCACCAGCUUCAGGACACUCACGACGCCCGGCCGUCCAAGGUGGCGCUGGUCAGGAAGAGGCCUUCGUUCGCCAAGCAGCGCGUCGGCGCUGGGGGCAACAAGGUGAAGGCCGCCGUCAAGAUGUUCGAGCCCGCCGCCGAGGAACACCCGGCUGCUGCCAUAUCUGAUGUGCCAAAGGAAAAGGAGGUGCCAACGAUGCCAACGCCGGUGGGAAGCCCCGCCGCCAGCCCCGCCGCCAGCCCCACCGCCAGCUCGAAGCGGUCUCGGGAGGCGCUGCGAGCGCGCUCGCAAGCCAACAAGACGCUGCUCAAGACCGCCAAGACAAUGCGGUCCGAGGAGCGUCGGCUCGUCGUCGUCAACUUCGACGAUGACGACAUCGAUACCAUUCCGCCGCUACCUUCCACGACGCCGCCCCCUGUGCCCGAAAACGCCAGCGCCCUGAAGAACAUCCUGGACCGGGCGAACGCCUCCCCGUCUCCGUCACCUGCCAGUGCGGAAGGGUCAGAAGCGGUGGCGCCGCCAGCCCUGCCCGCGCGCAACAACGCCGCGGUCCCCACCAGGGCUGCACCGGCUGCUCCGGCUGCGCCUGAAGUUCCGGAGAACAAGGACAGCGCCAAGCUAAAGGCCAACCACUCGUUCCUGUGGCGGUCGGCGCCGGCGCCCCCCAAGGCGCAGCCGAAGGCAGACCCGCCAUCGGCUGCCAACGACGGGCCGUCCUUCCGCGCCGUCCCCGCCCUGGUGCAGCCCGACGAGACUCGCCAGGACGACGACGACGUGCCGCCGGAGAGCGGCGACGAACCUCAGCUGUACGACGACGUGGUGGCGCCGGCGUGCGACGAGAACAUCUACGAUGACAUCGGCGUGGAGGCCAAGAAGAAGGACGCCCAGGAGAUGUACGAGACGUGCGGCGGCGGCAACUACGACGACUGCGAGGGCGAGGGCUACCAGUUCGUGGACAGCGCCGCGAGCGCGCCGCUGCCGCCACCGCCACCGCCGCCACUUCCACCACUACCCGUCGCCGAGGAGGAAGACGAGGAGGGCGACAACAUCUACGACGACGUGCUGUCGGAGCGCCGGCCGGACACGCCCGCGGAAGGGCUGGCCGCUGCGGCCGGCGUGGCCGACGACGCCGUGUCCACCAGCGGCGUCUACGAGGCCAUCUACCUGGUGCGGCCGAGGGCAUCUACGGGGACCCGCUGA